AUGGCUCCGGAGCCAGCGGCGCACUGGCCGUUGCUCCAGCUGCCAACCGACCCAAAGUCAGGCACGCAGUCAGGCACGCAGUCAAGUAAGUAUACAAGGAAGCAAGCAAGCACAACUCCCGCCACGACCGCGCUCUAA